UAAGGAGGGCUACCAUGGACUACGCUGUGACCAGUUUGUACCCAAGACAGAUGCUAUCUUGUCAGACCCAACGGAUGAACUUGGGAUUGAGUUCAUGGAGAGUGGUGACACUUACCAGAGGCAGGUGCUGUCCAUCUUCAGCAUUGCCUCAGGGAUCUGUCUUCUUGGAGUGGCAUGUAUGGCUCUUUACCGCCGCAACAAAAGACACAGAGAAAAACUCCAGGCUCAUUUCUCCGAUAGCCGCAGCCUGAGGGACUGCAGCGUCAACGCCUCUGGCCUCAUGUCCAAAUCUACUCCCAGGCUCCAAUACAGCCUUCAACUCCAGAAGAGCUGCAGUUCUCACGGAUCGUCUGUUAAAGGCAGCAGCGUGGCACCAGGCACAGUAGCCCCUCCUAUUCUCAGCAGAGCGCUGUCUAAAGGGAAACGCUUCAGGAGUAGUUCCCUUUCACUUAGUCCUGCACGACAGCGGAGGGAGACUAACUACUUCAGGACCCCACCCAUUUCCAGAGGGAAACACAAAAUAUCGACAAAUCUCAUUGAUGGAUCCAGAGUGGCUGGCCACGUCUACAAACACUUGCAGGAGGAUGAGUCAACAGACAUGGAGUUCAUAAGAAGGUGUGAUUCUGCGAGUGGAAAGAUCGGCCCCCUCCUCAGCAGGACUCCGCUCUCUCACUUCGCAGCCAGAAAAGGAUGGACCGAAUUCCCAUGCACCCGUCUGGAUAAGGGUACCACCUACCCUCCACCUUCCCUGCGCACCCGUUCUGUGCCCAUCAUCCCCUCGCUCCAAGCAUGUGACCUCGAGGCGGCGAAUGUGGACGUGAGUGGGCGGAACCAAGCGGGGAUGCUCAAGUGGCGCCCCGCACUGUCUGGAAAGACCAUGCCCAAGAUCAAUUCUCCCGCUCCGCCCUGUGAGACUUGUGCUGCUGUGCUGGCUCCCGGUGUUAGCCCCAGCAGUGUGAGCCCUCCUGCCACCAUCGGCGUCACACUGGGGACGGAGAAGAAUGUCAACUCCGCACACACACCUUGCUCCGUUGAAAUAACACUGGAACUCGCGCAGGACUUAAAACUCAAAAGCCUUUCCGGCCCCAUGAAAAUGUCCGGGUCUCGCGAGAUCCCCCGCAGCGGCACAAACACUCUCGAUGCUGGGGUUGUGCAGGAGUCAGAAGGGAAAAGUGUCCAAUAUUCAGCCAGAGUUCUGUACACAGGCGGUGGGACCAGAGGUUUGAAGGCAGCAGGCCAAAGAGAAUCCCAGGGAUGGUGCCAAGGUCAGACGUCCCUCGUGUACGGAGGCGCAAACUACUACUUGGCCACCAAAGGACCCAGCUGCAGAGGAACUGGAGAUGCUUAUGCCAAGCCCUCUGAAAGCUGAUUGGAUUAACUCUGUAAAGCUUCAAACACACUGUUUUCAAUAACUGUAUACCUUUGCUGGUGGCACAGGAUGGUUAGCAGGUGGGAGCAUCUGUGUGGCCAAACGGACCAAAAGCAGAUGGCCGUCGGUUUUGAAGGAACACGAACAGAUUGAACUGCAGACGGAAAAAAUAUUGACACAACAAAAGACAUGAAAUUAUAAAGAAACAAAGACAAACAAACACACAUUGUGAAUAAAUGUGACUCAAUAAGGAAAACAAGACGUUACUUGAGUGGGAGCUUGAAUUAAACAGUGUAUUGAAAAAAAUGCCACUAUUUAAAAGGAGCUUCUACUUAGAAACCAAAAUAGUGUGUCAUCUCUAUGUUGUUUCUCUAUUGUAAAGAAAUGAAAUUAUAUAUGUCAUAUAAUAUAUGUCAUAUAGACGUAUAUAUAUUUGACAUACAAUUGUGACAAAAUAAAGACUAAGAUAACAGUGUU